CGGUGCGGUCCGGUUCAUUUGGGAACUUUCAUCCAUGGAAGCCUGAGGAGCGCGCGAGCUCGGCACAUGCGCAGAGGCACCCCGAGGACAGCACCGUCACUUCUCUCGCUCCCCACUCCGCACAGACAUGAUGACCAAAUCGUUUGGGAAGAGCGCCGAUGUCAGCGAGCUGGUGAACUCGCUGGGCUGGCUGGAGGAGGAAGAGGACGCCAGCUCGCAGGACGGCGAGGAGAGCCCCGAGGCCAGGCGGCACGCCGGGCUGGCGGCGGCCCGGAUCCACUCCUGCACCGAGAUGGGCAGCGAGGACGUGGAGGAGGAUGAGGAGGAGGAGGAGGAGGAGACGGGCCCGGACGGCGCUGCGGCUCCCAAACGGCGAGGGCCCAAGAAGAAGAAGAUGACCAAAGCCAGACAGGAGCGCUUCCGCGCCCGGCGCAUGAAGGCCAACGCCCGCGAGCGCUCACGCAUGCACGGCCUGAACGACGCCCUGGACAACCUGCGCCGCGUGAUGCCUUGCUACUCCAAGACCCAGAAGCUGUCCAAGAUCGAGACCCUGCGGCUGGCUCGGAACUACAUCUGGGCCCUGUCCGAGGUCCUGGAGAGCGGCCAGUCGCCUGAGAGCCACGGCUUCAUGGAGAUGCUGUGUAAGGGGCUUUCGCAGCCAACCAGUAACCUGGUGGCCGGCUGCCUGCAGCUCGGACCCUCACCCGUGCUGCUCAACAAGCUGGAGGACAAGUGCGGGGGCCCGGUCCUGGCGGGGAGUCAGGUCGCUCACUCGCUCAGCUACCCGUCCCCGGGCCUGCCGAGCCCGCCUUACGGCUCCAUGGAGGCACCCCACCUCCUGCACGUGAAGGCUUUCAAGGGUCCGGCCUACGACGACCCCUCCCCGCACAACUGCGGCGGCGGGACUCCGCCAUAUGAGGGGCCGCUCACGCCCCCCCUCAGCAUCAGCAGCAACUUUGCCCUGAAGCAAGAACCGUCCCCCCACGACUCAGAGAGGAGCUACCCGUCCCACCAGGGCCACUACCUCUCGGCCCACCACUACACCUCAUCGGCGGCUGCAGGUCUAUCGGGGGGCCACCCCCUGUUCCAGGCAUCCCGCUACGAGCUGCCCCUGGACGUGGCCUUCGACUCCUUCGGCGCCUCGCACCUCAUCAGCGCUCAGAUGAGCGGCAUCUGAGCGACUUGGUGACCACCACCAGGCACCAGACCGCCAUUUUGUUCUUAGCGUCUGAUGCAUGAGACAUUCAGACGAGUGAAUGCGGCGCCCCAUCGGAGUUGCCAGGAGCUGCCCGAGACACUUGUGCCGGGUGGAGUCCGGGUGAACACUGACUCAAGAAAGCAGCCUCUACCUCUGCCAUAUUUACGUCCCAUAAGCAGCUCCGGACUCAAGAGGGCGCAGAACUCCACCGCUCCCUCAGAACUGGGCGUGUCCUCUGGCGUGUCCGCAGCCCCGGGCCGCCGUCACAUGACCUUCACCAAGCCAUCCCAGCGCUCGCGACGCCACCCAGAAGCAAUACCUUAUUUAUUUCUGUAUUUAAUAUUUAUUUUGUAGUUCUUUUUCUCCCGGUUUGUUGUCGUCCAUGACAGCUAUUUAUUUUAUUUAUUUCUUUGUUUGUCCAGGUUACUUCACUUCUUCACGUCCGCCUGUAAAUAUUUGGCUGUCCUGCUGCACUUAAAUGUGAAUAAAUAUUCUU